CUUUUUUUCUCUUUCUCAUGCUCAAACGGAAUAGAUAUUUUUCAAUUGUCGGUCCUUAUUUCUGGAGAUUUUUUAUACCUGCGUCUCUCAAUUCAAAAAUAUUGGACACAUGCCAUGCACAAACGAAAACUGUGAAUGACACUGUGAGAAAGGAAGCCUCCAUGAUAAGAACACGUUUCCUGAGUAAGCUUUGGCACCUGAAAAUAAGAUCUAGGAACCAAAAAGAAUGCCUUUUUCAGGGUGAAACCUCUCAAUUCCGGGUUCUUAAACACCGUCAUAAAGCCACUUCUGUAUGAUCCUUAAACAAUAUGACAAUUUUAUUACAAAGAUUUUAUCACCUGCCCACCCGCUUAUAUUGCACAUUGGGAAGACUGUUUGUCACAGAUUUAAGACCUGCACUUUUUUGCUCAAGUAUUUCAAAAUCUAGCUCAAUUCAUCUGUCCAUGUUUUUCGUCAUGGCAUGUCAUUUGAAGUUUAUUGGGCAGUUUAUUACAGAUUCGGAAAACAUUAAAGUCAAGGAAGAUUAAGGGACUUCAAAGAUUCACUUGACAACACUCUCAGUGAAAGAAACAGUGAAAAAACAACAAAAAGACAGUUCAAAAAGGUUGACGAUUCUGGAUAUUCUUUGACUCAUGGCUAGGUAAUGACCCCAGUCCAAGCUCCUUUUCUGAUUGAGAAGUACCGCUCUGAUUAAGAGGAUCUGCCCACGCUGAGAGAAUUUGUCCGUGAUGUUGGUUAUGUAGGGGAGGAGAGGACUGCCCAUAUUCUUAUUUAUCUUAUCACCAUUGCAACGUAAAAACACAUGAAAACCCCCAUGUGGUUCGAACAAUCUUACAAGUAUUCAUGAGAUUUGUGGUUUAAAGCACAAGUUGAGUUAUAUCAUAACAAAUAUUCUGAGCUCCAAUUCAAAUUGCCGUACAGGGGAAUCGAUUUCUUUACCACUCGUCCAUCUCUACAAACAGGUCUUUUUGAAAACCGAUACCGAUGAAGCGAAAGUGAGAUGGGGCUUCUGGGGCUAAAGGCAUAAGGAGGCAUACACUGUGAAAAAAGAAGCGUUGUAAAUCCAGCCUCUAGUAAUUAGGUAAUUGUCAUAAACAUCGUUUCAUUCACAAUCUACUUGUCUUGUAGCACAUUAUUUUAAUAUAUUCAGAUUUAAAACCAAUUGAAUAUUAUUUCAGUGUAAAGUUACUGGGGCCAGCGAUGAGGAUUUCUUUUUGUACUUUUUUUUUAAAUUGAAGUCGCUUCAACAACAUCUUUAAGUAUUCACUCAGGGGUCAGUGAUAUGAAAAGUGGGACGCUAUUGUAAAAUAUGAAAGAACUUGUGAUUAUCUUUUUAUUUGCAAUAUCGGCGGCGAUUAAAGUGGAACUUACAGACUACGUGUGCGAAGAACCUCAUGGAUAUUUUCCUGACCCAGAACAAUGCGACUUAUAUUAUGAGUGCAAGAACGGCGUCGCCACCCCUAAGCUUUGUCCUGAUGGACUUCUUUUUUUGCUCGGAGAAGCCAUUAGCGUAAAAUGUGAUUAUCCCUUUAAUAUUGACUGUGGAUCAAGGGAAUUCGUUCAGGAACCUGAACCAAAUAUUGACCCAAAAUGCUAUAGAGCAAAUGGAUACUUCAAUCAUGAGGAUGCGACGGUUUGUGAUAGGUUUUACAAUUGCGUUAAUGGAGUGGCCUAUGAACUUCCAUGUGCCGCGGGGUUGAUAUUUGAUGAAGCAAUUGGAACAUGCGUUCGAGAAGAACAAGCAUCCUCAUAUGCAAAGCGUUGCGUAAAGUCAUCUGAAAAAGCAAACAUUGACGGUUUCCUUUGUCCAGAGGAAGAAACUAUCGGACCUCACGGACAGCCCCUCGCACAUCCGCGAUUUCCGCAUCCAAAGAGUUGUCAACGUUUUAUUACUUGUUAUUUCGGCAAAGAUAUUAGAGAAUUGGGAUGUGGAGAAGGAGAGGUUUUUGAUGAUCGAACAACGAAAUGUGUUCUGCCUAAAGAUGGCCCUCUCGAUUGCUCAUGUUGGUACAAUUGUAAAGAAGACUCUGCAUGUCCGGAAAACUGUAGGAGCGACUGCUCUUGUCCCGUGUUGUGACGGAAAUGGCUUAAAGUAUGCCUACUUAUUUGUUAUGAAAAAUGUUUUUCGGUCAUAAAAAUAUAAUACAAAGAUUUAUUGCUUUUUACGUCACGAGGUCAGGAAUAUGGGAGUGUGCCGUUAAGGGUUCGAGGGUGACUUAUUUUUAUGGUCUUAGAAGGCCGAACAAAUCC